AUACUCAUAUACUGUAUGUAGCUCAAAUAAAUUCCUCCCCACCAACUUCUGCGGUAGGGAGCAUGCUCUCCCUGUCCUGUGGGCCCGAGACUCAAGGGAAGGAAGACGCGCCAGAGAGAAGAGAAUGUUGAAUCAGACAUCAGAAGGACUUGGUGGGGAAUCCGGGGCAGUAAAGAGGGAGUGAGGAGAGAAGGGGGACCGGCAGGGAACGAGGCGGGGGUGGGGCAGCGACCGGAGUAUUUGCGGAGUGGCCGCCCCCUCCCCGCUCGGCCACUCCUGCUGGCUCCGGGGCCUCCACGCCCCCUCCUCCCUGCUUCUCCGCCACCCCCUCCUCCUCCCCCUCCUCCCCCUCCUCCCCCUUCUCCCCCUCCUCCUCCCGCUCCUCCUCCGGUGCGGAUGGCGGCGGCCAGAGUCGGAGCCCCAGCUGCGCUGCCCAUACGGCAUAUCUGAUUCAUAGACAAGACCACAGUCUGGUUCCAAAGAUGUGUUCCGCAAACCCAGGCAACUGGGUCACAUUUGAUGAUGAUUCUGCCUUUCAGUCUUCUCAAAAGUCAAAGAAUUUACCUCAGGAGAAUCAAAGCAUCUGUAGGCCCAAUGGACUUAAGCUGAACCUUUCUGGUGCUAAGGAAUUUCCCAGCGGACCUUCCUCUGCCAACAGUACCCCCCUUUCCUCUCCCAUCAUAGACUUUUACUUUAGUCCAGGACCUCCAAGUAAUUCUCCUCUUUCUACACCUACCAAGGACUUCCCCGGUUUUCCUGGCAUCCCCAAAGGAGGGACUCAUAUGCUUUAUCCUAUCCCAGAAUCAUCCUCAAACAGUCCAUUUACAGCACCAGGAGCAGGCUCCUCCGUACUGUCGUCUAAACCGACCUGUUUAUCCCAUGCUUCCUUACCCAGUGACCACUCAUGUACACAUCCAGCUCCCAAAGUGGGUCUUCCAGAUGAAGUUGGCCCUCCCCAGGCUGAAAGCCUAGGGUUCCAAAAUGAUGCCCCCCAGUUUCAGUAUUUUCGGGAGGACUGUGCUUUUUCAAGUCCAUUUUGGAAAGAUGAAGGCAGUGCUUCCCAGUUUGCCUUUGACCCUUCAGGAAGCAGAAAGAUGUACCCAUCAAGAGACAAAGAGAUGCAUCUCGAUCAAAAAAGCUUAAAUCAGGGUUCAUUUAACUACAUCUGUGAGAAACUUGAACAUCUCCAAUCAGCUGAGGACCAAGACUCAUAUGGAAAUUUGUCUAUGCAGUGUCUAUAUGCUGAAGACACUGCCUCUUCCUUUGUCCCCCACACACUUUUCAGGAGUCAGCCAAAACCUGGAUGGUCUUUCAUGUUGAGAAUUCCUGAGAAGAAGAACAUGAUGUCCUCCCGUCAGUGGGGACCAAUUUUUCUAAAAGUCUUACCUGGGGGAAUUUUGCAAAUGUAUUAUGAGAAGGGGUUAGAAAAACCAUUUAAGGAGUUACAGCUCGAUCCACAUUGUCGGCUUUCUGAACCCAAAGUUGAGAACUUUAGUGUAGCAGGAAAAAUCCACACUGUGAAGAUUGAACACGUGUCUUACACAGAAAAAAGGAAAUAUCACUCUAAGACAGAAGUAGUUCAUGAACCAGACAUUGACCAGAUGCUGAAGUUAGGGUCCACAGAGUACCACGAUUUUCUCGACUUCCUGACUACCGUGGAGGAGGAGCUAACAAAGCUGCCACCUGUUUCAAAACCAAAAAAGAACUACGAGGAACAAGAAAUUUCCCUGGAAAUAGUGGACAACUUUUGGGGGAAAAUCACUAAAGAAGAAGGAAAAUUGGUUGAAAGCGCUGUCAUAACUCAAAUCUGUUGCCUCUGCUUUGUGAAUGGGAACACAGAAUGCUUUUUGACCUUGAAUGACCUUGAGCUGCAAAAGCGAAAUGAACGCUAUUUUGAAAAAGACCCAGAAAAGAAGGGGAUUGGUAUUCUUGACCAUCAUUUUCAUAAGUGUGUGAAAGCACAAGAAUUUGAGCAAUCAAGAAUCAUUAAGUUUGUACCGCUGGAUGCCUGCCGGUUUGAGCUGAUGCGUUUUAAGACUUUGUAUAAUGGAGAAGAUCUUCCCUUUUCCCUCAAGUCCAUGGUGGUUGUCCAGGGGGCCUAUGUGGAGCUUCAGGCCUUUGUCAACAUGGCCUCAUUGGCUCAGAGACCAUCCUGUGCCAGUGCCUUGAGGUCCUGUGACAAUAUCAUGAUACACUUUCCUGUUCCGUCACAGUGGAUCAAGGCCCUCUGGACCAUGAACCUUCAGAGGCAGAAGUCCCUGAAGGCCAAAAUGAAUCGCCGGGCAUGUCUGGGGAAUUUACAUGAACCUGAAUCUGAACCUGUUAUACAGGUCACCGUGGGGUCAGCAAAAUAUGAGAGUGCCUACCGGGCCAUCAUAUGGAAGAUAGACCGGCUUCCUGAUAAAAACUCAAGUCCUGAUCAUCCCCAUUGCUUGUCAUACAAAUUGGAACUUGGAUCAGACCAAGAAAUUCCCUCUGAUUGGUAUCCAUUUGCUACUGUUCAAUUUGGAAUGCUGGACACCUGUGCCUCGAGGACAGAGGUCAGGUCUCUGGGGGUGGAGAGUGAUGUCCAGCCACAGAAGCAUGUUCAUCAGAGAACUUGCUACAACAUUCAGGUUGAAAUAGAAAAGAAGAGGAUUAAAAUCGAUGGAGAAGACCCAGACAGAGCUGAUGACUGCGUAACUCAGUAGGAGUAGCAAGAGGAAAUGAUGACCUACUUUUCAAAUAUGUCAUUCACAGAAACCACACGCAGAUCUGCUUCUGUGUACUGGGAGUGAUUUCAGAAUAGUGGGCCUGGGACAUGUCCAGUGGCCGUGUUUUGAGAAGUGAAGACCUGAAACCGAACAAUGUUUUAUGCUUUUGAUAAUGUUUGUAUUCCAGGGGUUUCAUCUAAAAUGUCUAUCAUUUGUAUGAUGUUUUUGCUUCCCAUUAAAACUCUAAGUUUUAAUGUGUUACCAGACAGCCAUCUUGGCGAAAGGGUUUUGGAUUUUUAAUUAUUCAGUGUCUAAGUGUUUUGCACUUUGGGUCACCUGGGGGCCAUAUUUAUCAUCUUCUAGUCCCCAUCUCUUCUUGCUCUGUUAGCCCCUCUACUGGAGGGUGAGGCCAUCAAAGGAGACAUAGUGGAAAUACUCCAUCUUUCCUCUUGCUUGUCUCUGGGAAUGUGGCUAGAGGUGGGGUGAUGCCAAAACCACAGGUUAAAGUGGUGAUGUGGAAGUAUCUGUGAUUUUGAGUAAUUUAUCUUCCUGUGCCCAUACUACAUUGGUGAAUAAUCAUCGACUGUAUUUGGUACCUGUCUUUCCCCCAUAGUGUUAGCAUUCUCAAAAUAUAUUUGUAUUCUGGUGUGUUGUUGCAAAGAAGCUAUUUCUGGGGAUAUACAUAUUUUAGUUCAAGUCAGUAAGACAUAUUGCCUUUUGCUUGGAGAGAUUCCUUUCAGAAUGGAAUGGUAUUGGACACUAGUUAAAAUAUUUAUGUAUAUUAGAGAUGAAUUUUUAAAGUUCAUGAAUAUUGUCUCCCAAAAGUACAGACUCUAAGAAUGUAUUUUUGAUAAAAGUAUUAUUUGUAAUUAACACAAGCCUCUCUUGAGUAGAAUUCUAAGUCACAUUAUGAUUAUUUUAUGCUGGUUCUGCUAUUCUGCUACGUAUGCUAAUUCUGCUUACUUUAGAGUAUUUCUCUUUAAAAGGUAAAGAAAAUGAGACACUAGAUUAUUUUACCUGGAUUUUUAAGAGGUGACGUUUCUAUUCUUCAAAGUCAGGUAAAUGCUUGGGGUUUCUUUUUCUUUUUUUUUUGCUUCAGGUUUCUAAUAAAAAGCCAAUGGCAUUAGCAGUUAUAAUUCUGUUUAUAAUUUUCUUUCAGUAUUUACAGUGGAAGGUAAGGCUUAGAUUUAUGAAUUCUAUAGUCUACAUAUUUUUUAGUCUGGAAAAACAAAGUAAUCCUUGGGGUAUUACUACACCUUCAAUUUGUAUUAAAUCUUAAAUAUGAUUAGGAGGCAUGUUUCUUUAUUUACCAGAUUUGUUUUUAGUCAAAGCUGAUGAUAUAAUAAUGUUCUUCCAAACAGCAUUUAUUUGUUGGUGCACAGACUCGAUGCUACAUGUUUUAUUUAAUGUUGUAUUUACAUUCAUUUUAAUCUGUUCAGGAACAGAUUAAAACAAACACGAUGGUCUAUAUCAAUCAGUGGAUUUUAUUGCUCUUCAUUAUUAUACCUUAAAGACAAAAGAUGCAAAGGUUGGCUGUUAAAAUGUUCUUGUUCUUCUUAACUUCACUUGAUGCUUGUAAACUUGAUGGUUGUAAUGUCACAUGUUUCAGACUCACUGUGGAUGCGUAGGAUCCUGAAUCUGUGUGUGUGUCAUUAAAAAAAAAAAAAAAUCCACUGUCUUUCCCCAUCAGCUGGUGUGGCACAUUCUGGAGUGACUUCAGUCAUGCUCAGAACAAAUAUGGAGGCAGGCUAGACCGGAUGCUGCUCCAUGAUCCUAAGGAAGUCAUCUGGGUUAACUACUGUCUUUCCUUUUAAAUUUGCUCUAUGGCAUCCUGCCCAUAAAGAACUCAGGGUCUGAUUCAGAUGAACUUAAUGAAUAUUUACACCUCCAAAUAAUUUCAGCAAAGGGUGCAGUGAAUCACCCCUCAUGUUCCACAGGUUGCCCAGUAUUGAUGGGUUACCCCACUGCUGGGGUCAUUCACCCAGCAGCCAUCCAGCCUUCAGGAGCAUCUCAAGAUUCCGUGUUGAAAAUAUUAGUAACAAAAGGCUGACUGAAGCCCAAAUUGAGUUUCUGCAGCAAUGCAAAGGUUGAUAGCAUGAACAGCGGGGUGCUACAGCAUAAUUGUUAAUUUGCACAUCUAUUAGGAUCCUUAAAUAUUCAUUACUUAGCAUUAAAUUAACAUUCUGUGAAGGGAGGAGAGGCUUUUUAAUACAAUUCUUCUGACCUCAGAAAUGGCAGAAGGUCAAAUGUGACCAUGGUGCUCUAAGUGAAAAAUCUGGUAAAAUUCAUUUAGACUUACAAAUUAAGAAGUGAAAUUGCUUUCGUCAGAAAAUAAAUGAAAAUCUUCAAAACAAUCACAAAACCCCUGCUUUUAAGACUGGGAAGGGAGGAAGGAUGUGAGUGAGGGAGGAGCUACUCCUUUUUAACAUUUUAAUUUAAGUACUUUAGAUCUACUCUUUAUGAGUUGGACUGUUUGGGGAUCAGUUGUUUGAUGGACACACUGGUGGAGUUCCAAGGAGGUGACCAGUCUGAGACGAGUUUUUCUGCCCUCAUUGUUCUGAUCUGGUUGCCUUACUAGUCAAAGGAUCAUAUUAACCACGUAAAUGAAUUCAUGGCUUGAUGGUUACCUGAUCAAUUGUACAGGUCUGAAUUUAAGUACAUUUCCUUUUUCUAUGGGAAGAAAAAUAGUUGAUCCACUAAAAAUGUAUAAAAAUAAUUUCUUCCCAGCACAUAAAUAAGGGUUGGAAUUUUUGACCUGAUUUAUACAUUAGACAGUUUUAGGGUUUUAGUUUCCUUCAUUCUGGAGCUGUACUUAUGAUACAGCCCUUUUUCUUACAAAUUCAGUUAGAAGGCCUUCCUUAAUAAUAACUCAACAUUAUUAUGUCUUACUCAAAAUAUGAUUUUUAUGUCAUAGCAAUACAAAUAGAGAACAGAUUGAGCCAUAAUAAUCAUGUAACCAAGUAUUUUGUAGAUUGCAUAUUGAUUUUUUAAAAUUAAAGAUGUAUUUCAAAUGCUU